GUUUGAAAAUUUAAAACAAGUAAUGGCAGAUGACUCUGCAUAGUGUAUAGGGCAUGUGGGGCUGGUAUGUUUGGCAAAGGGACAGCCAUAAGUUUUGGUGUUAGCUGCACUCGGGAGUGUUCCCUGACUUCAGAAACAUUUAAAAAUACCCUCUGAAAUACAUGAGAACUCUGAUCCAGAAAUCCCACGACAGGGUUUUCCUUGAAAAGGAGGAAAUAACCUCCCCCCCCCUUUAUCCGCUGAAAGUGCCCGUGGCAUGGUCGAGACACCCUUUUCAUGCUGGUGAAGGCAUCACGCAAGGAGGGACUCCUGGUCUCUCUGACGACGACUUGACAGAACCGGAGCCACGAUGGCCAGUUGCCCAGGCACCAGGCAGCCCCGGUGCCCACCCAGCCCGCCGGCUGCAGCCGCCCCCCGCCGCUGAGGCAGAGGAGGGAGGGACCGCCCCAGCCUGCGCAAUGGCCCAGCCUGCCGGCCCUCCCGAUGGGGGAUGGGGAUGGAUGAUCGUUGCUGGCUGCUUCCUCGUCACUAUCUGUACUAGGGCUGUGACGAGGUGCAUCUCCAUUUUUUUUGUGGAGUUCCAGGCAUACUUUGGACAAGAUUAUGCCAGAACAGCUUGGAUCCACUCCAUUGUUGACUGUGCAACGAUGCUUUGUGCCCCACUUGGGAGUUUAAUCAGUAAUCAUGUAUCCUGCCAAGUUGGUAUCAUGCUCGGAGGGCUGCUUGCAUCUGCUGGACUAAUUUUGAGUUCAUUCGCCACCAGCCUGGAACAUCUCUACUUAACAUUAGGAGUUCUUACAGGACUUGGGUUUGCACUCUGUUAUUCUCCAGCCAUUGCGAUGGUGGGCAAGUAUUUCAACAAAAGAAAAGCGCUGGCAUAUGGAAUAGCAAUGUCAGGAAGUGGAAUCGGUACCUUCAUUCUGGCCCCUGUGGUCCAGCUUUUAAUUGAGCAGUUUUCCUGGCGUGGAGCUUUACUCAUCCUGGGAGGUUUUGUUUUAAACCUUUGUGUCUGCGGUGCCUUGAUGCGGCCUAUUGCUCUUAAGGAGGACCAUAAAACUGCUCCUGAGGUUCUUGAACAGGAUUACAUCCCCGAAGUACAGAAACGAGACUUAAAGCGAGUGUCCCUCUGUUCACCUUUAAUCAAGGCGUGGUCUCACAAAUGUCUGUGCUACUGUUCAUGGAAGGAAUAUGACUUUUUACUCAUGCCAGGCUUCAUGGUGCUGGCAGUGUCAGUUUUAUUUAUGGCAUAUGGCUGUAGCCCUCUUUUUGUCUACCUAGUGCCUUAUGCUUUGAGCGUUGGAGUGAGUCAUCACCAGGCUGCCUUCCUCAUGUCCAUUCUUGGUGUGAUAGACAUCAUUGGUAAUGUCACCUUUGGAUGGCUAACAGACACAAGGUGUCUGAAGAAGCAUCGGCACUUCUGCUACCUUUUUGCUGUGGGAAUGGAUGGCCUCUGUUGUCUUUUCCUGCCAGUUCUCCAAAACUUCCCCUCUCUUGUGCCUUUCUCAUUUAUGUUUGGCUACUUUGAUGGAGCAUAUGUAACACUGAUCCCUGUUGUGACAGCAGACGUAGUGGGAACUUCUUCCUUAUCAUCAGCGCUGGGUGUUGUGUAUUUUCUGCAUGCCGUACCAUAUCUAGUAAGCCCACCCGUUGCAGGUUGGCUUGUGGACACAACUGGCAGCUAUACUGCAUCAUUCCUCCUGUGUGGAUUUUCUAUGAUAUUUAGUUCAACAUUAUUGUGCUUUGCAAGACUAGCAAAGAAAAUCAAAAGAAUGCAUUUGAGGUCACUUACCACUGAUACGGGCAUGAAACAGCACAUCUGGACAAACGGAGCAAUAGCUUAUUCUGUCACAGCAGAAUUAGACCAAAAGGACAUAGAAUUUUUGGCUGUGGAUGCAAACAGCUACAGCAGCAGAUAACAAGUGCUGUCAAGAUUCAGUACAGCACAGCCAUGACUGAGACAGAGGUGACUCUAUAGUGUUAGCUCUGUUGAAGAUAUUACUCCUGUGAACCAAGUCAUCUCUCAAUUAAAUUUUUCUGUUGUAUUUUAGUUGGCUAAUAUCUACAUACAGCAACAAUAAUACCAAACUAAUAAUGUAACAGAAGAAAGCUAGACUGAAAAAAGUUUGUAGGUACAAAUGUUCACGGAUUUAUUUGAAAUGUAAUAUGUCAGCUCCACAGGUAAUCUAAAGUAUUUGGUUACAAUAAAGUAAUAAUAAUAAUAAAAACCUAUAAAGUAAUUAGUCGCCAAAACUUGAACAAUAAAUUUUAAGUUAUUUCAAUAAUUAAUUAAAAAAUGUUUUUUUCAUGUCCUGGUCUAUUAUGUUUCAAUGGACUAAUCACACAUACAACCAAAACUCUCCACAUUUAUCAGCCUAUAUUAAAGUAUUUGCUAGUAACUGUUUUAAAUGCUGAAUACAUUUUUAAAGAAAAAUCUGACAUACUGAAAAAUGUG